AUGCCUUUGCCACCUGCUUUAGCCGCACGAUUAGCAAAGAGAGGCAUUUUAAAGCCACAACAUGAGUCUGAAGUGAGUAACGAAACUCCCGCAGUUCAGGGUAAUGAAGAAAUUAUUGCGGAAGACUAUGAUAGCAAACCUGAUGAACGAGUGAAAAAGGAGCAUUUUUGGGAAGGUAUUGAAGGGGUAAAUGUGGAUCCAAUUAAAGGGCAUAAAGGGUGUCCCAAUAAAAGUAACAUUUAUCAUGAGUGCUCUAAGUUUUGUGUAAAAAAAUGGAAAAGUGGUAAAACAGUGCCCGAUGAAGUUUACUUAGAGCUUAAAAAGAAGGCCUUAGAAAUAUGGCCCCUACCUCCUGGUUGGGAAGAAGUGUAUGAUGAAGGCUAUGGGCAACAUUACUUCUGGAAUGUUCAUAAUAAUUUGGUAAGUUGGUUGCCUCCAGCACACCCUGCUGCUGUUCCUACUGAAAGUGCAGCUCAUUUACGUGAAGAGCGAUUAUUGAAAGAGGGUGAUGAAAGUGAUGAGGAUAGCGAGACAUCAGAUCAAGAAGUUCCUCAACAACCACAUAAAGAGAAGAGACAUGAACGAAAAGAAAAGGAUUUGGUGCAUCACAGAAGCAAAAGACCAAGGGUAAAAGAUAAUGAUUUAGACCCCAUGGAUCCUGCAUCAUACUCUGAUAUACCUAGAGGUAAUUGGACUUCAGGUCUGGAUUCACAUGCUAAGACAGGAGUUGACACAACUGCAUCCGGAUCCUUAUAUCAAAUGCGACCUUAUCCUGCACCUGGUGCUAUACUUGCAGCGAAUGCUAAACAAUCAUCACCAUCCCCUUAG